AAUUUUAUCCUCAAAUCAGUGUAAUCCAAACAACUUACAGGUCCUUACAUCUCUCGCCGACUUGAAGAACGAAGUACAACGGCCGCCAUGGUUGCCAAGGAAAAAUCCGCCGCCAAGAACCUCCCUUCUCUCUGCAACAACACCUAUGCUAAAGAACUCCAUUUCCGAGGCGUUCGAAAGAGGCCUUGGGGCCGAUACGCCGCCGAGAUCCGAGAUCCCGGCAAGAAGAGCCGCGUCUGGCUCGGUACCUUCGACACGGCCGAGGAAGCGGCGCGUGCAUACGACACCGCCGCCCGUCAGUUCCGCGGCGCUAAAGCCAAAACCAAUUUCCCUCUGGAGGAGGAGCUUAUCGACGUUUCUCCUCAGAAGAUCAAUCAAAGCCCUAGCCCUAGUAGUACCGUCGAGUCCUCUUCCUCUUCCAGCCAAGAAAAAACCCCCUCGCCGGAAAUCGCCCGGAACUACGGCGCGACUGUCGGUGUCGGACGAACUUCUCCGUUCCUUCAGCCUCAGUUUUUGCAUCAGGUCGGUUGCAAUGUCUCCGCCGCCGCCUCCGCUGCCGGCGUUCGUCCUGUUUUGUUUAUGGACGCUUUUGGUAGACCGGAGUUCGUGGCUCAUGGCUAUCCCAUACGAUUCGAUCCGGCGACGGUGGAUUUGACUGCUAGGUUCUCCGGCGGGACCCACAGUGAUUCGGACUCAUCGUCGGUUGUUGACUGCCGGCCGGAGAAGGAAAUUCUGAAUCUCGAUCUCAAUCUCGCUCCUCCGGUGGACGCUUGAUUUCUCUACUAAUUUAGUCUUUUAAAAUUAAUUGCUUUUUGAAGGAAGAGGGAAAUUGACGUGUUGUAAAGAAAA